AUGUUUUCUUUUUUCAUUCUUUCUAUCUUUCUAACCUUUCAUCUGUUUUCCUUCUUUCCUUUUCUUUCUUUCUUUUUAAUUUUUGUUCCCACCUCAGUAUCUUUAUUUCUAUAUUGCUUUCUUUAUAUAUUUCUCUUUCUUUCUUUCUUUCUUUCUUUCUUUCUUUCUUUCUUUCUUUCUUUCUUUCUUUCUUUCUUUCUUUCUCUCCAUAUCUUUCUUUACUCCCACUUCUUUCUUUCUUUCUUUCUUUCUUUCUUUCUUUCUUUCUUUCUUUCUUUCUUUUAUAUUCUUGAUCCCACAAUAGAACAUUUUAAAUUUUGGAACUUCCAUAUUGCCAUUUUUACAAAGACAGGAACUUUUCUAAAAACAUCUGAUAUCCAUUUAAUUCUUCCAUCAUUUUGGUGUGACCUGAGGACACUGGGUUUUUGGUUCAAAUUCAACUCUCUCCUUUGCUGUCUUUUUUUUUCUUUUUUAUCUCUUUCUUUUUACUCAUGUUUAUUUGUUCUUUUCUUUUUCUCUAAUCUCAUUAACUUCUUUUUUCCUCAGAAUUUCUCUCUUUUGCUCUCAUCUUCUCUCUACCUUAGCAUUUGUUCUCUCUUUUCUCCUCAGAUCUUCUCUCUUUUGCUCUCACUCUCUCUCUACCUUAGCAUUUGUUCUUUUCUCCUCAGAUCUUCUCUCUUCUUCUCUCACCCUCUCUCUACGUUAGCAUUUGUUCUCUCUUUUCUCCUCAGAUCUUCUCUCUUUUGCUCUCACCCUCUCUCUACCUUAGCAUUUAUCUUCUCUCUUCUUCUCUCACCCUCUCUCUACCUUAACAUUUGUUCUCUCUUUUCUCCUCAGAUCUUCUCUCUUCUUCUCUCACCCUCUCUCUACCUUAACAUUUGUUCUCUCUUUUCUCCUCAGAUCUUUCCUCUUUCUGUCUUUUUCUCUAAUCUCAUUAACCUCUUUUUCUCACCUAUUUUCUUUCUCUGUAAUUUCUUUCACCUCUUUCUUUUGUCUUUCUUUGCCUUUCUUUCACGUUUUUCUUUUUUCUCUCUUCCUCUCACUGAAUUCUCCUUUCCUCAUGUGGAAUAUUCAUCAUUUUUCUUUUUCUCUCCAUGUUCUUAUAUUGUCUUCUUCCUAACAACUAUUUCUCACAUCUAUCUCUCUUUCUCUUUCUGUCUACCUUUCUUUGAUUUAUUUUCUAUCUCCCUCUCUCUCUCUCUCUCUCUUUAA